CUAUUAAGCUAAGGCCACCCUUAUCGCCAGCUCAGCCCCCGUCUCGAAGCCCUCCCCCCUCUCCCAAUCUCGCGCUCGUGUCGUGACUCGUGCGCCCCGCUCUGCUUCGCAAGCCUAGCUUGCCGUUACUGCACACGGAGUGGUUUGCAGCGGCUGCCAUGGCGUCGGUGCACCUGCCUGGCCCGCGGGUGGUGGUGGCGAAGCAGGCGCUGGACGGGCUCCGCCUGACGCCGCCGCUUGCCGCGUCGAGGGGGCGGAGGGUCCGCGGGCUCGUGGUGAGGGCCGCCACGGUUGUGUCGCCCAAGUAUACUUCCGUAAAACCAUUGGGAGAUAGAGUACUUGUGAAAAUCAAGACCUCCGAGGCUAAAACUGAUGGAGGGAUAUUACUUCCAGUGUCAGUUCAGUCGAAACCACAAGGAGGGGAAGUUGUUGCCGCUGGAGAGGGGAGAACUAUUGGAAGUAACAGCAUCGAGAUUAGUGUUCCGAUUGGUGCACAAGUUGUCUACUCUAAAUACGCUGGCACAGAGUUGGAAUUCAAUGAGACUAAUCAUCUCAUUUUGAAAGAAGAUGACAUCAUUGGUAUUCUCGAAAGUGAUGGUGUGAAAGAUCUGAAGCCACUGAAUGAUCGUAUUCUCAUUAAGGUUGCUGAGGCUGAAGAACAAACUGCUGGCGGUUUGCUAUUGACACAGGCGACUAAAGAGAAACCUUCUGUUGGAACUGUAAUAGCCGUAGGCCCCGGACCCUUGGGCGAGGAUGGCAGCAGGAAGGCCUUGUCGAUUGCUCCUGGAAGCAAGGUGAUGUACACCAAGUAUGCAGGAAGUGAGUUCAAGGGUGAGGACGGCGAGUACAUCGUGCUCAGGGCAUCCGACGUGAUGGCUGUUCUGUCCUAAUCCGAAGCGCAUGCUGCCCUUGUGAAAUAGGAAUUUUGAUAUUUAGGCCAAAACCUAUCUUUCGCUGCUCUUGUUCGGAAUCUUUGAAUUGUCGAGGUCUUCUACUGUACUUUGGUGCAAAUGCUAUACGGAAUAAGACGAGUUUCUUAGA